CCCAGAGAGGCGCCUGUGACAGUGGAGGGCUUUGAUUCAUGGUGUUGUGGAGUCUCAUUUCUGGGCUUUUUGGAGAACAAUUAAAGCGAUCAGACAAGAGCGCAUGAAGGUGGAGAAGAUGAACGUGGAGGCUCUGAGCAGAGCAGAGCUGCUGACUCUCCUCAGUAUUCUGGAGGGGGAACUUGAAGCUCAGGAUGUAGUCAUACACACCCUCAGAGCCCAGCACAGGGGCGCGUUCGUCCAGGAGCGUUACGGACAGUAUGACCUCAGCGAUCCGUUCCUGGCCCUGCAGCGGGACAACGAAGCCGCGGAGCGACAGGACACACUCACGCAGCCUCAAACACAUCUGCAGGGCCGGGCAGUGGGCCCAAACCCUCUGGCUGUGCUGAAACUGGUCAUGACUCACUGCAAGAGGAUGCAGGAGAGGAUGAUGGGACAGUUGGCUGCUGCUGAGAGCAGACACAGGAGGAUGAUAGCAGAUCUGGAGGAGGAGAAGCGGCGGUACGCCCAGGAGACUGCACGGCACGCUGACUUCACCUUCAUGCUGCAAACAGAAAGAGACAAACUGCUGCAGCAGCUAGAGGUGGAGCACGCAACAGCGCAGAAGUUGGAGAAGGAACAAGCGCAGGUGGUGCGCAAGGUGGAGGAGUCACUGUCGCAGCAACAGCAGCUCUCCUCCAAUCUGACCCUGGAGCUGCAGAAGGCCAGCAGCCAGGCUCAGGAGGAGGCCCGGAAGGUCUCCCAACUUCACAAGUCGCUGCAGGAAGAGACGAGCGCUCUCGAGAGGCUCCAGGCGGUUCUCGAGAGCGAGAGGAGCAGAGCAGCCCAGCUGGAGGCCCGGUCCGACAGGCAGCUGGCUGAGUUUGGCGCUGAACGAGAGCAGAUGAAAGCCAGACUCCGAGCAGAGGAGGAGAAGCGCGACGAGCUGGAGAAACAAGUGGAGGAGCUGAAGAGGAGCUUGGCGAACAGGCAAGGAUGGAAAGAAGAUGCAAAGCAAGCUGUGACGGAGACAAGUAAGUCCUCAGGGAUGGUGUCCACCUCUGUUCAGACUGAGCCAGAUGGAAGAAUAAACGUUGCUCUUAAAUCCACGACGGCAUCAAAGGUCAACGGCCUGAACGCUCACAAAGAGAUGGACUCAUCAGCGCACGAGGGGAGAGGAGCAGAAAAUGGAGUGGAGAAUGGUUGUGGAGCACCCCUGCAUUCGCCUCUCCAUCCUCCCCCUCACUCUCCCUCCAGCACAGCUUCAUCCUCCCUCUCCUGCUCCCCCGUUACCUCUCCAGUUCUGGCCAAGCGUCUGGGCAGUCCCAGCUUCCUCCAGUCCGCCUACCAGGCUGGAGUCAAUCAGCGCUUCCAGGCUGCCCGGCACAAGUUCCAGACCCAGGCCGAGUUGGAGCAGCAGCAGCACGGGGGCCCCCUUUCCCCCAGAGACCUCUCCCCAACUACCUGCUCCACCCCUCCACCAGAGCACAGCCCAGUCAAGCAGCUGGCCCGCAACACCGUCACUCAGGUGCUGUCUCGCUUUACCAGCCAGCAGGCCGGAGCCAAGCUGUCACCGGUCAGCAGCUCUCCGUUCGGAACAGAUUACCGCAACAUAACAUCUCCUCCAGGGCCAAGGUCACCUUCAUCAGGGCCGUUAUCUCCAGGCUUUCGCUCCCCUCUGACCCCUCGCUCAGAGAGGACCCACCCGCUGCUUCUAGCCAAGAGGCCCGGCGUGAUGAGCCCAACCCCUGGCUCGCCGAGUCUCUCAGCUCGGACCAGCCUCUUCCCGGAGCUGACGGGGAACUGUGGGCACGGCAGCAACGGGCAGGAGGGCGCCGCGGAGUCGGACCUGGUUUUAUCCUCCAGUAGUUAAUGAGCAAAUUAUAACUGCUUAACAAGGGAGAUGAAAAAUCAGCAGCUACUGUAAUUUUAUCUUUAAACCACCUACAAUCAUGGAGACACCCCCGUGUUGUAACAGCUGCAGAGUCUGCUGCAGUCCUACCUCUAUACCAAACCUGAGAAACUACUAGAAAAGAACUAUUUAAAAAUAUAUAUUCUGGAUUCUUUUACUGAAUUGAGUAUCUUAUUUUAACACUGUUUUAUGUAGAAUUACUCAGAAUACAUUGUUUAGAAUUUAAAUAAUUAUUUUUCAUCAAAUUUUUUGACUAAUGUGCAAAACAAACAGGUCUGUUAAUUGUUUUUCUGUUUGAUAGAAAAGUUAAAGGAAGUUUCUUUGCAGAGCAGUUUUCUUUUCAGCUAAUGCUCAACCAGUCAGUCCAGUUCCAAUAAAAACAGUUUGUUUAAACCAAUACGUUUAAGGCAAUAAGAGUUUAAGCGUGGGGCAAACAUGUUGUCAUUGUUUUACAAAAAAAAAUCAUUAAGAUAUUUCCCCAUGUGUCAUUAUGCAAUUUUUAUGGAGCACUACACUAAUAUUUUACUGCUGUAAAUAUGUUCAGUUUGUGCAUUUCUUUUUAAUGAACGUCGCAUGGAUUUACUGUCAUGAACUCACGAAAAGGGAGCGCACGUUUUGCACUACAUUGCUUUCUCUCGCUUUUGUAAUUCACAAAUGCUUGACUUGUAUUUCACACAAAUCAAAAAU